AAUAGGUACUCUUUCAAUCGAUAAAAAUAUUCCUUAUUUUAUUAAAAAUCUAUAUACAUAAUUGCACAAAUCAAUCGUCUCACGAGCUUUUAUCGGACAUUAAAAUUUUUAUUGCACACAGCAUCAAUAUCAACACAGAUUGGGAAUCCAAAAGUCUAAAAGUGUUUUGAAUCGCUUUGUGCUAUGUUGUUUGUAUUUCAUUGUUUUAUACUCAUUUUAAUUUUGUAAAUGUCUGUUUCACUGUGCGUUUUGCGUAUAGAAAUCGACGAAGAUAUACCAGAGAUGGAAAACAACCCAACUGAAACUGAAUCUGCCAAGGAGCAGAAGAAGAAAGACAGAGGUGCUCGAGAAUCUAAGACCAUUGUUGUGGAGACCUAUGCCAGUGUUUUAUCUGGCCCUAAUACAGAAAAGGGCAUCCUCCCCACCAGCUCACAAAAAUCGGGCAUUGAUAAGAAGUCUAAGAAAUCAGCAGAUGACGGUGAAACCAUAGGAUUCUUCUGUGGCAACCCUCUGGUUGAGGUUACCAAGGGUGUUUUACACUUGUACAAAGAAAAUGAACUGAAAGAAGACUCCGAGGCAAAGACACUGUGUCUCCUGUCGGUACCUGGAUCCUUGGGCGCCUCAGACUUGCUAGCAUUUGCUGCUGCAUGCCAACAAGAUAUUGCACAUGUGAGAGUGCUGCGAGAUGGAUCCCCAGACCACUACAUGGCACUGCUUACGUUCCGCACUAGCGCCGCAGCUCGGGAGUUCCACACGGCGUUCGACGGUGCCCCAUACAGCAGCCUCGAGCCGGGCGCGCUCUGCCACACCGCUUGGGUCUCGCGCGUGGAGUGGGCGGCGGGGGGCGAGGCGCCGCCCGCGCAUACCGAGCUGCCCACGUGCCCAGUCUGUCUGGAGCGUAUGGACGAGAGUGUGGCAGGUGUGCUGAGCGUACAAUGCGCGCACGCGUUCCACGCCGAGUGUCUAGCGCGUUGGGCGAGCGCGCGCUGCCCCGUGUGUCGCUGCACACAGACGCCGGAGCCCCGCGAGCGAGCCACGUGCUUGCACUGCGAUUCCGAUGCCGCAGGUGACAACGACGGUGACGAAAGUCGUGACAACAUCAGUGGUGUGGCGGAAGGUUUGCCGGACAGCGUGGAGCCAAGUUCAUUGUGGAUCUGUCUCAUAUGCGGUCAUGUGGGAUGUGGCAGAUAUGAAAAAGGUCACGCCGCUAAACAUUUCCUUGCGUCAAACCACACGUACGCAUUGCAGUUGGGAUCUAACCGAGUGUGGGAUUAUGCAGGUGACAAAUGGGUGCAUCGGCUAGUACAGAACAAGGCGGACGGCAAGCUGGUGGCGGCGGAGGGCGCGGCGGGCGCGGACAAGCAGCUGGAGUUCACGUACCUGCUUACACAGCAGCUGGACGCCCAGCGCGCGCACUACGACGACCGCAUCGCCAUGAUAAUAUCGGAGCGGUCCGCGGAGUGCGAGGCGUUGCUCGAGCGCGCGACAGCCGCGGAGAGCGAAGUGGCGACGCUGCGCAGACGCAUCACGGCGCUCGAAAACGACAACAAAGCGUUGGAUAAACGGCAGCAGCAACUCAACGCUAAAGUGGCAACACUUCAGAGCGCGUUGUCAGAGGAGCGGGGUCUCGGCGCCGCUCUAGCGAACAACCACAAGCAGUGGCAGAAAAGCGCCCAAAAACGAGAGGAGGCUCUUACUAAAGAGAUGUCGGAGCUGCGGGAACAGCUGCGCGACGUGAUGUUCUUCGUGGAGGCGCGCGGGCAGCUGGAGCAGGCGGCCCCCGCGGCGGAGCUGGAAACCGCCUCUGUCACCGUGCAGCCGCCGCCCAAACCGCGACGACGACGCGCCAAGAAGAUAUAAAGAGGCAGGCAGUAGACGACCAGUGGCGGAUUCAGGGUCUUACUAGUUGCUGACAGGGCUAGUUGUUAUAGCUUCGAUUUGUUCAGAAACUGAACCGGUUUAUACUUUAAUAUGAUUUAUCUUUAUUUUAUGUUGGUUUACCGCAUAAAGUUAAUAUACCUAG